UUUGAAUUGACCCAUUCCAAAAGCCGAUGAGAAUGAUUUUAAACUCAAAGACCAUGAUGCCACUAAUUUCAUCACUGCCUAUUUAGGCAAUUACCCUUACAAUUGUGGAAACUGUAUAGGACAGAAUCGUUGAGCUUUCGACAACUAGUUGCAUAACUAAUUCGCCUACAAGUGGAGCUGUCAACUAGAGUCUGGACUUGUCAGAUCCCUAUAGCGGAUUCUAUAUUCAGAAACGCAUCUGCCGACUGUUAAGCUUCACACGACCCCCACCACUUUACUUUCCUGUAUUUCAUUCACCUGAUGUUGUACUCUCGAAACCGCUGUAUACCUAAUUAUUAUAUGUCGCAAGCGGCGCUUCCCCGCACAGCACAAGCUGUUGUAAAAGGCCGUUUCUUUCAGAGCUAAACUCCUUCGUUGGUGGGUGGUGGGAUCAGCAACCUUCUCCAACAACUUUACCUGGCUAUUAGCUAUCCAGAGGUAGCAGGUGUUAUAAGACGAAAACAGAGACCAUAAGCAAGGCACACAAUCCCAUCGUCUUAGUGGUAGGAAGUUUUACGGGCUUGAAACUACCAUGCCUUCAGACGGCACGCGAGACGCCGUCUCACAUGCCUUUCCCACCAAGCAACUUACCAUACUCGCGAUAUGCCGCUUCUCCGAGCCCAUAGCCUUCAACUCCAUCCUGGCGUACACAUACGUCAUGGUCCAGGACCUGCACGGCGGCGACGACACCGACGCCUCCUUCUACGCGGGCCUGCUGGUCUCGGCGUACGCCGUCGCCGAGGCCAUGACGGCCAUCGGCUGGGGCGCCCUGAGCGACCGGUACGGCCGCAAGCCCGUCGUCCUGUUCGGGCUCGGCGGCGUGGCGAUCUCGAGCCUCAUCUUCGGCUUGGCUACCGAGUACUGGGUCGCCCUGCUCGCUAGGUUUAUCGGUGGGGCGCUUAAUGGGAAUGUUGCUGUCAUGCAAACGAUGGUGGCCGAGAUGGUCAAGGUACCGGAGCAUGAGCCGACCGCUUAUGCUUCGCAACCCUUCGUCUGGACUCUUGGAGGUAUCAUAGGUUCUGCCAUGGGCGGGUUUUUAGCUCAACCGGCGAGGUUCUACCCGUCCAUAUUUCCCGCCGACGGUCUUUUCGGAAGAUAUCCAUACCUCUUGCCAAACCUCGUGUCUGUCGUCGUCAUCAUACUAGCUAUUAUCCAGGGCAUUCUCUUCCUCGAGGAGACCAACCCCCGAAGCAAGAAGGCUACUCACGAAGACGUUUUCGAGGAUAAUGAUGACAUGGCCAAUGAGCGCACGCCGCUUCAUCGCCCCACGGACCGAGAAUCGUCUAUCAGAAGUCGAUCAUGCGCUUCCGGCGAUAGGCCGCUGUUUAUCGAGGAGAGCCUCCCGCUACCCGUUGAGCAGAACUUCGAUCUGAGGAGGUCGUCCUUCGGGACCGUGCGUUCGAUCAAGCUACCCCCGACAAGCCCCAAGCCAAUCGAGAACUUCAACGGGCGAACCUUCAACUUCACCAUCAUCAUGGUGACAAUCGCGCUUGUCCUAGUAUCGUACCACCAGAUGGCCUUCAACACCCUCCUCCCCACACACCUUCUGGACAAACCAGCUGCGGCCCCCGGCGAACUCGAUUUGAUCGGUGGCUUAGGAUACACCGUCCACGACGUUGGCGUCUAUCUCUCCAUCAACGGCAUCUUGGGAUUAUUCAUCCAGGGCGUCAUAUUCCCCAUAUUCGUGGACAAGGUCGGGGUCUGGAAGUCGUUUGUCUGCAACGUCGUGCUCUACCCCCUCGCGUACGUGUUCAUGCCCUUCCUGUCCGCCGUGCCGUCGGCCUUGGUGUCUCCCAGCAUAUACCUCUCGAUGAUCUUGCAGAGCUUCUUCGGUAUCGUCGUCAUCCCUUGCGCCCUCAUCUUAUUGAAGGAUGCUACGCCGUCGCCUCUGGUGCUGGGGAAGGUCAACGGGUUGGCCAUGUCGGCUUGCUGCUUGGCCCGGACUCUGUCUCCUCCCUUGGUGGGUAUCAUCUACAGCGCCGGCGGGUCCGCAGCUGCUUGGCUCAGCUGCGCCGGCGUUGCCGUGAUUGGAAUUGUGCAGCUCUUUUGGGUGCCUAGAAAACAUGUCCGUGGCUCCGCGAUGGAUGCCGACGUGUCGGGUAAGACCAAAACGGGUUCGCGGAACGAGGAAGCUGGAACGUGCCCAACUAUAAUGCAUUGAUUCGUGUCAGGUUUGGUUCCUAUGUCGACCCCGGAUGUUAUGUCACAGCAGUGUUUAGGGCUUCGAGUCUAUGGAUAGAUGGAUCGUGCUAUGACAGUGACAUUAUUUGCUCGGAACCAUUUUUUCUCAGAUUUAUCAGUCAAGGUGUCAGGUGCAAGUAUAGAAUUCGAAGGAAGCGCUAUAAAAAACGAGGUAAUGAUAUUAUGAUUUCUUAUAAAUGGUAGAUUGGGCAUUUCAGGUAGCAUUUCAUGAGUUUAGGACGGCUAGGUAUAAAGGGUUCAGGGUAUAAUCUCAUGAUAGAAUCAUUGGGUAAAUUAACGAAGAUUGCAUCCGCCGUUGCUCGGC